AUUGAGUAGAGAGCGUUUACGGCGCAUGCACUCACGCGCGCGCUCAUCUCGCCAGCGGGGGCACAAACUGACACGACCAAUCAGCGUUCUCCUCGCGCGGAGGAAGUGAGAUACUUUUACAAACCGCUACAAAUACUGCGUGGCACCGUUCUUUUUUUUUUAUUUAAUGAACGCGCCUUUCGGUCGCCACUCCAGGCUGAUUCGGAGCACCUCGAGGGUGUCGAAGUGAACCGCUUCAUUAUUAGCUACAAGCAAACGGACUUUUCCCCUCAGCUUCUUUGCAACUUGGAAACUUCUGAACAACCGGUUGUUCUUAGAGUCGGCAACUUCUUUGGUCGACCAAACAAAGGGGGGAAAGCAGCGGGGGAAGGCACGGCUUGAGCUCUUAUAUCCCAGCUCGUGCAUUCAGGACAUCUUUCUAUAAAGUUGUGGAGGAAAAAACUUGCGCAACUUAAGCGGAAAUUAACGUCUCCAUCCACCCUAAAGAGUCACGCGCACCUGUCAACAUGACGCGAAGACCCUGCGCGAUUUAUGCGGUCGGGAUCAUCUGCGCAUCCCUGCUGAUCGUUGGGAUUGGUUUAGUUGUGGCUCAAGUCUUCCGCACGUUUAUGCUCAACCGCCUCAAAAAGGAGAUUGUUUUGGUUGAGGGCAGCCGUGUGUUUGAGUCAUGGAAAAGCCCUCCCCCUCCAGUCUACAUGGAGUAUUUUUUCUUCAAUUUCACCAAUGUGGAUGCAUUCCUCGAAGGGGCCAAGCCAGAGCUCAAGCAGGUCGGACCCUACACAUACAGGGAGUACAGGUAUAAGGACAAUGUGAGCAUGCUGGAAAAUGACAAGAAGGUGUCUGCAUACAACUAUAAGAGUUUUGUGUUCCUGAGAGAGAAGUCUGUGGGUGACCCAGCUGUGGAUAGCAUCCACACCGUCAACAUCCCAGCUUGGGCUGUAAUGAACAAGGUGAAGGGGAGUUUCUGGAAGUCCUCCAUGGUGGCCAUCUGGAUGAACUCCGUCGGGUCCGGUCUCUUCGCCACUCGCACCGUAGAUGAACUGCUGUGGGGCUACGAAGAUCCUUUGUUGGCUCGCGUAUCUACCUCCAGUCCUGAAGUGGAGAAGGUCUUUGGUCUCAUGUACAAGAAAAAUGGAAGUCACUCCGGGGAAUUUGUCUACCACACUGGGAAGCAGAACUCCUUGGACUAUGGCCGUGUCGAAACAUGGAAAGGCGAAAGCAAGCUGACCUUCUGGACGUCUAACCAGAGCAACAGCAUCAAUGGAUCAGAUGGAAGUGCUUUCCAUCCCAUGCUAAACAAGAAUGAACGCAUUUACAUAUUUACUCCAGACCUCUGCAGGUCGAUCCACAUGGAGUUUGAGAAAGACGUGGAGGUGAAAGGAAUCCCCGCGUACCGCUUCACACCACCACGCUCGGUGUUCGCCAGCAAAGAGGAGAACCCAGCUAACGAGGGUUUCUGCGUCAGCCCAAAAGAGUGCCUGGGAACCGGCCUUCUGAAAGUCAGUCCCUGUCGCAAAGGUGCCCCAGUGGUCGCCUCCUUCCCUCAUUUUUACCUGGGAGACAAUAAGUACGUGGCUGCCAUUGACGGGAUGUCCCCGAAAAGAGAGCAUCACCAAACAUUCCUCGACCUCAACCCGACCACUGGAGUGAUCGUACGUGCAAACAAGAGAGCACAGAUAAACAUCUUGAUCAACAGAAUCUCUGGAUUCCCGAAAACUAGACUCCUGAAUGACACAAUCUUUCCCGUCAUGUUCAUCAAUGAGAGUGUGGUGAUUGAUGAUGCUUCUGCGGCGAGAGUACAGAAGCUGCUGCUCAUUGUCACUCUAGUGUCCAACUUCCCGCUCUUCAUCGUGGGACUGGGGGUCCUCAUGCUCGCCGUCUUCAUCGUCCUCCUGAUCCGAGCCCGCAAACAGAAGAAUGAAGCAAAGCGCACUGCUGUGUUUACCAAGCCUCUCUAUGCUAGCUCCACCGAAGGGGACACUUCUUACUCUCCAGUAAGCGACAAGGAAAAGGAAGAAAAUGGGACCUAUAUCUGUUUGACACCGAAAGGAGAGCCGCAGGCUUGAGGAGGGAGGCGAUGAAAAGGAUGGGCUUUGUACAUCGACAACCCUCAGAAUGUCAAAUACGGCUUUGGGUUUUCAGGAGAGGGAUAGGUAAUGAUCAAUAUUUCUUUUAUGAAUGGAAAUCUUUGGGGGCGUGGGGUUGAAGAGUUAAGGAGGGGAACACGUUUUUAGUCUCAAACAUAUAUCAUAACAUCAUAUGUGAUAGAUUGUAACCAUUGAGAACUACCUAAAGUUCAGUAUACAUACUGGAUACAGAACUUUAGGUAGUUCUGUAUUCCCAGAAAAGAUUUGACAUCUGUUUUAAAAAUGCUGUGCGUCAAGGGCUCCUUUCUGCUGUCUGGUGGAAUCAGCUGCUGAAAGCUGUGGUCCUCUCAUGAGUAGAGACGGAGACUUCCCUUUGUGGUGGUCUUCAACAAACAAAACACACCUUUUAAACCUCUGGUGAGGAAUACAUUUCAUUUCAGUGCUGUGGCCUCGCCUCAUUUUCUCAUACCGGGAUAAUGAAGUCCAUUAAAUGUGAUUUUUUAGAUAUUAUACGCCACUCUCAGGGGGCCUCUCAAUAAAUACUAUUAAAGAAAGAGGAGCGAAGCAAAGCACACGGCAAGCCUUCUCUUUGUGAAGACGUUCAAAUCGAUUCAGUAUUAAUAGGUGUCAUUUGCAUUUCAUCCCAAACUAAAUGUUGCGACACAUUUACGUGGCUCUUUAUUGUUUUCUACUCGUGCACUGUAUUCAGAGGGAUAUCUGUGGACAUCAUUAGCACCGCACCAUAGGAACCGUCAGAGUAUAUUUUUGUAUAUAUACAGUGCAAGGUGUGUUGAACUGUUGACAUUGCUCUCAGUGAUGAUUGGAAUGAAUAUAAGACAAAACACUGAAUAUUUUGGAUAUUUAGAUUUUUGUAAAAUAAUCCAAGUCCUUCUCAUUUGUUGUAAAUGUUAAAGUGGACACGUUUGAGUGCAGAGUUAGAGCUUCACACUUGUCUUCUAGUGCCAUCAUGACAUCUUUAUCAGCCAUUUAAAGACGAGUAUGACAGGAUUUUAUGGUUGAAACAAUAAUUCAUAUUGUAUGUUGACAUUAUUUUUGCCCUGUAUAACUGCUUAUAAUAACUAACCACCAUAUCAAAAUGUAAUUCAGCUUAUCAUUUAAAAAAUGUGCUUUUUUUGAUGAAAUCGUUGAAGGCCUCAAUAACAUUGAAUCAUGAAGAUUAAAUAUGAAGAAUUAUUAUAGCUGUGCCUUUUAAAAGAAUCAAUGUUACUGCAAUUGUUUUGUCUUUUAUAGUUUUCACAUUUUAUGGAGGAAAAACAACAAAAACAUUUUUUCACACCAACAAAUCUACUCUCAUGUGCAUAUAUAUUUUUCUUCUAAAUACCAAACAACACUGAGGAUGAGACUGCUAGACGUUUGUAUAGUUUUGUCUUUCCGGUGAUGUCAAACUUUCUCGCUCAAGGCUGAUGAAGUUAUCCGAUUUCAGGUGCCAUUUAAUGUAAUAUAGUGAAUGCUGCAGAAUGACUUCAUUUGAACUGUGUUGAGCCCAGCUUUUAUUACCGCUCUUAUUCGUAGUUGUAACAUUUUAAGGAUGAAUGAGUUACAUCAUACCACCAUAUCAUUACAUGCACUGUCGUAAUCAGCAAUAAAUAUAUCAGACAAUAGCGGGGAAGCUGUAACAAGUUUAAUGUUGAGAUUUCUGCGUCUUUAUUUGAUUUGACUAUUUGUGUUUGAUGUAUACUUUAAUGAGUCAUGUACAGUAAGAAAAGCUAAUGAACAUAGAAGUAAUUCACGUAGAGUGCAUAAUGUAGUUUCAUCGUAAAUAGGUGAAUGAAUGAAUAAAGAUGCAAAGAAAAUAUAGUAUUACACAAUACUAGAAUUGUGGUUAAAAAAAGAAUCAAUUAUUGUGUUGCGUUGGUAAAACCAAAACACCGGAAGCACGAUGUACACUUGUACUUUGAUAACAGAUUACUGCUAUAACCACUUAUUCUUCUAAUUGUCAAAUGCUUUGAAACACUGACUGUUACUACUGUUUUUAUUGUGCACGCAAAAAUAAAAGUAGUUUCAGUAAA